UAAUGUAUUCCAGUCAAUUUGACACGGUACAUUACUACCUGUCACUGUCACUGACUGUCAUAGAAAAAGUCAAAGAGCCACCUUAUGUGACGUUGGACGAUCUUAUAAAAUUAUAAUUUGUUGUUUUCGACGUAAUAUGAUAAAGUUUUCUAGGAAACAGUCAAAUUUUAAAAUCGGUGUUCGUUUUACGUAGUAAUUCACCUAAAAAUAAAUUAUGCCUAUGAAUAUCCUUAAUAAUAUCUUAAUUUUUUUGUGUCAAAAUUCACUAGCGAUCACCAGAGGUUCUUUAUCUAACACAUUGUUUACAAUUUAGUGAGGAUAAAAAAAUUCAUAUUUAAAGAAAAAAUGGAAGUGAAUCCUUUGAAUAUAUUCUUUGUAAAAUCGGACAGCAAAGGAGACCGAUUGUUGUUCAGAUACCCUUACACAACUGAAAGUAAAGAUGAAAACACUCAAAAGAAAUGUGGCAGGCAUAAUCCGUACGCAAUCAACUGUAUAGAAGACCUUCUGCAAAACCCACAGUCCCAAACUUCGAAUAUAUAUCAAGGUCAACUCAGUGGAUUCACAGAUGAAAUGUUAUCAACACUAUUUGCAGUGAAAGCAGAAUUGUGUAAUCGCAAAUUCGAACUCAAAGUAAAUGAUGUGCGGUUCGUUGGCCAUCCAACACUUUUGCCAUACAGAACAAAUAAGGAUGAUACUGCAGCAAUGAUAUUAAUAAAUAUUGUAUUUGCUUUACGAGCCUCUGCAAGUCAUUCUAUAGUAAAAUGUUAUUAUGAUUUGAGCAAAAGACUGGGUAAAGCUCUGAGACAUGAAGAAAAGAGAUGCUCAUAUUUGACUGAAGAAAUGAAAAUAAUGUUAGCAGCGCAUGAUGAGGUGUCAUCACUAGAUAGUGAAAUUAAUUCUGGUGAAAAUGAUGAAGAGGAUGAUAGCUUGCGAACCUCAGUCAGCUCAAACACUUGUAACAUGGAGAACGGUGAUGACGGACCCAAGUCAGCCUUCCACCUAAUACUGCAACGAAGUUCAUUAGCGAGGUCUAUGAAAUCUGUAUUUGAAGAAUUGAGCAGCACAGGUAUUGUUCAAGUCCGAAUAAACAAAUUGGUACUACUGUCGUUCUGUCUUCCACACAAAGCACAUCAAAUCCACAACAGAGGUCUGAUCAUAGAGCCAGAAACCAUAGACAAGUGUUUACAAAAACUUAGACCUUAUCAUGGCUUAUUGUUGCUAGUGAAUCCAAAUGAUCUUCUGGCAUCCAUACCCCUCGACGGCAGCCCCUCAUUGCUGAGGCUAGUGAAGAUGUACAGUCCACUGAAAAGUCUUCAAACGCUUGCAAUCGAAACGGACUUGUCUCUAACACAGGUUUUCCAACUAACCGGCCACUUGGUGUACUGGGCGAAAGCGACUAUAAUUUAUCCUUUGUGCGAGGGUAACGUGUAUGUGGUGGCUCCCGGUGCAAACGUUCAUAUAAAUUCUCCGCUUGUGGAAGAGUUCGCGAAGGAGUUCCCUGGACUAUGUUUAUUACAGAUGCUGAGCGAGUUCUCCCUACCCGCGCCGCUGUGGUACUCAGCCCGAGGAGGGGUGUCAGGCCGGCUUCCGCGCGUGGUAGCAUGGCUGCUGCGGCGACGCCUGCUGCUGCAGCUGCACACCUACGUGCAGUUCAACUGUCCGCACUGGCAGCGCGCGCCACUCACACACCCAGAUGGCAAAGAAUAUUAUUGCGAGAAACACGACAUAUACAGUCAGUCGUGCAACGUGUCGUACACGUCGCUCAAUCAGAACCAAUUGAACGUUCCAAACCCCGUGGAAAUGCGAGAUGGCUCCGUACACUUCGCAGAUUCAGACGACGAAUAUCCCACAAUGAACAAUCUCAACCAAACCGAUUUCUCUCACACCAAACCCAUUGUCAUAGAUUCGGAUAACUCCAAAAUUGACAAAUUCAAUGAUAUUGACUCGGCCAACCAUUCUUUUGAUGACGGAGUGGAUGUAGUUGAUGGUAUCAUAAGCAACGGCUUGAACGGUUGUGAAUACGAUAGCGACGAAAAGAAGAAAAUACAAGGCAACUCUGUUGAUAGCGGCAUAUCCAACAAUAUCAAUGGUACUAACACUAACGGAGUUGAAACGAAUGGGAUAGUUAAUGGCCACAAUGGAAAUGGUAAUCCGGAAAUAGACAAUCUAGAAGUUAAGACGAAGAGUUUACCGUCUAGGUUGUCGGAUUUGUCGUUGAAAGAGACAGAAAACAUGUUGAACUCGAGUAGUGACGAGGAUAGAUUCGAGAGUGACCAAGACGUUUCUCCGCGGCUGAAGUUCAAUGGAGUUAAUGGUUGUGAUAAGAAGAAUGGGGUGUCGCUGAAUUUGAAACUACAAAGCGAUAUGAGCUUCCAACAGCCGAUUGUGUGGAGUGUGCCGGCGAGCUGCGACGCGUCGCUGGCGUGCCUGGGCGCGCAGCCCUGCGCACUACACUCGCUCGCCGCCCACAGCAUGCAGCCGCCCAGCAGCUGCGCCGCGUGCGCGGGCGCGCCGCCCUGCGCGCUGCACUCCCUGCCCGCCCUGCCCACCAACCUCGCCGCCCACAGCCCGCACGACCUGCUGCUGCUGGCCCAGCUGCACGCGCGCGGUGAGUGUGUGCCGGGUGCAGCCGCCCAGCAGCUGCGCCGCGUGCGCGGGCGCGCCGCCCUGCGCGCUGCACUCCCUGCCCGCCCUGCCCGCCAACCUCGCCGCCCACAGCCCGCACGACCUGCUGCUGCUGGCCCAGCUGCACGCGCGCGGAUAUUUCCGAGGUGAACAGCACCUGGAGGAGAUAAUGUUCAUGGAGAACGUGAGCAGGUCCCAGCUGAUACAACUCUUGGAUAAGUUCAAGGAUGUGCUCAUCACCUUCGAAACGGAGGACCCGGCCGUCGCUAUGUUGUAUUCGUACCAAUAGACUGUAAACCUGUACUUCAUUCAAUUUCCUCUGAGACAAAAGCCCAAAUGAACCAAUUUAAAUUAUGUUAUUAUGAUUGCUCCAAUGUACCCUGUUUAUUGAGGAUCUCGAUGGCGCGGGUGGUUAAUGCGUUCGGCUGCGAUCGUUGAAGUUAAGCAACUUUCGUAGUGGUCGGUCAUUGGAUGGGUGACCAAAAAUCUUCUAUGUCGAGCUCGUCCGUGCUUCGGAAGUCACGUUAAGCCGUUGGUCCCGGUUGCAUCUGUAGUCGUUAGUACCCACUAACCCGCACUAGGCCCGCGUUGUGGGUCAUGGCCCAAUCUCCCUAUUCCAUCCAUAGGGAAGGUCUGUGCCCCAGCAGUGGGGACAUUAAUAGGAAGUGAUACUAAAUGGCUGGUGUAACCAUUCUGAUUACAAAAUUUCCCAUUUCAACCUAAAUUAUUCUUUAUCACUACUAUUUAAUUUAGUAGUAUUAUAAUUCGUUUUUGAACGAGCUACAGUUUAAGUUUUUUAUAAUGUCACUUUUUUUUAAUUAUGAUUUUAUAUGCGUUAAAAAUUCUGCCUUUUAUGGUUUGUUUAGCUUUGGUUUCAGAGGUAGAGGUUAUUGAAUAGAGUAUAAAAUUUAGUCUGCUGCUGAUAGUAUUAAAUCAUUUCGUAAUAGUAUCCUUUGCUUUAAAUGUAUUUUCCAAAUAAACUCCAAUGUCAUGAAAUAUGCUGCUCUCUAUACCAACUUGAUGUUUUAAGGUUUCAAACAUACAUUAACGCCCAAUAUUCAAUAUUAUAUUGUUGUUAUAGUGGUAGCGAGCGUUACUAAUUAAGUACCUUUUUUAUAUCCACAUUGAUAUUUCUGCCGUGUUAAGCGCAUUUCGUGUAUCUCAAAAUAGGUCAACUUGAGAAAAAUGCAAUUGAUGAUAUCAAGUUAUUUUUCUCUCUAUUUUAAUAAAAAAAAUCACUAUUCCUAUAAAAAAAACUAUACAAAUAACUUGAGAAUGGUGUACAAAUUAAGGCCACAUAAUUAAUUAUAAAUUAAAUAUUUGAUAAAUUAAAAUAUUAGGAAUGUUUAUAAUUUUGGUUUAAAUUAAAAUCCCAUACAAAUCGUGUUACGCGGUAGCGUGUAAAAAAUAUGUAUGAGGUUUUAAAUCUAGGUUACACGAAAUGCGUGCAAUGCGCGCAAUAACUAUACAUUAACAACACUCUAAAGAAAAGUUUACUAGAAAAAAAUUCACGCGGACCAGGCACCAGACUAGACUCGAACCCUCUCCCUUCGCUAUCCGGGCCAUUGCACUGACCAUUAUGCACGGCCCUGAUGGCCGUGUCGAAAUUUCUCUAGCCUUAGGCUGCAAGGCAGAAACUUUUCUUUAGAUUUAAACGUCUAGCAGUUAAAUGCUAAAAAAAUACAAACAUAACCUAUGCCUAGCUUGCAGCCUAAGGCUAGAGAAAAUUCGACACUGCCGUCAGGGCCGCGGUAGCAUAAUGGUCAGUGCAUUCCCCCGGAUAGCGAAGGCUGCUGGUUCGAGUCCAGUCUGGUGCCUGGUCCGCGAGAAUUUUUUUCUAGUAUAUUUUUCUUUAGAUUUAAACAUCUAGCAGUUAAAUGCUAAAAAAAUAAAAAUAUAAUUUUAACAACACUUUCCGUGUAUCAAUAGUUUUUUUUUUAUUGGUGACAGGUUUGCUCUUGAUUUGUCUUCAUUGCUGUAGCCUUUUGGUUGGUAUUGGUAUUCUCUUGUUUCUGCGUUCCACCGAGUCUAGUGCGGAAAAUUGGCAUUUGGCCAUCUAUCCCAAAGGUGGCUGCAGGCUUCAAUACUCCAUGCACAAUUGGACCUGAGUUUGCAAAAGGAUUAUAAGUUUUCUAUCUGCAGUUUGUGUCUUGAAUUCGAUGGUUGUCUUGUCGAUCGUCCCCGGUGGAAACCAUAUUGAUCACUGAGAAGAUCGUUAUAUUCUGGAAGCAGUUUAAGAACUCUCUCCAUAACCUUACAGAUCAAAAGGAUUAUAAGUUUUCUAUCUGCAGUUUGUGCCUUGAAUUCGAUGGUUGUCUUGUCGACCGUCCCCGGUGGAAACCAUAUUGAUCACUUAGAAGAUCGUUAUAUUCUGGAAGCAGUUUAAGAACUCUCUUCAUAACCUUACAGAUUAAAGCAGUAAUGGCCGUCAGAUUCUACGUGGCAGAUGGUGGAAAAUCCUUGUCUGUUAUUUCAGCUCUUGCACGUUGAUGCGAUGUACCCAGAAUGUGAUGUCCAAGAAAUACCCAGCAUCCUUCGCCAGCAUCACAUCUCGAAAGCAUCGAGACGAUCUUGCUCAGCUUUCUUCAGGGUUCACGAGUCCACCCCGUACAAGAAUAUACAGAGCACCAGAGUCCGGCGUUCUUUACCAUCGCGAUUCUUCUUCAUCUUCUUCACCACGUUCUCCUCUGAGCCAUUACAACUGAUGCUUAAGCCCAGGUAUAUAAAGUUACAACCCACCCUUGAGCUCACUGGGAAACUUGACUUGGAAGUUUCCCAGUGAGCUCAAGCUUGCCUGUGCGAUCUAUGGCCAUAAUCUUGGUUUUGUGACUGUUUAUCUAAAAUCCCAGUUCUAUGCUUAUGCGCUCUAUCAUCCAGGAUUAGUAAAUGGAAUGCUCUGCCCGCUCACGUGUUCCCUCCCUCUUACAACCUGGGAUCCUUUAAAAGAGGCGUGAAGAAGCAACAUGCAGGCCGGCAGGGUGAGGAUGGCUGGUGUGGCAGGUAGAAUUGCUGUAUCAGCUAUCUUCGCGUAUGGACUUCACCUUCACUUACCAUCAGGUGGGGUGGAGUCAUAUGUCGGACCUAUGUAUAAAAAAAAGUUCACGCAAGUUUGUUUUGCCUGUCAAGUGUAAUUUUUGAUACACGACAUAGGCUCGUUUUCUCGACGCCGACAAAGCACAUCUGUCAGCGGUAUAUAAGAUACACGGGGAUUGCGUAACAAUUUUCUUAAUAAUCGUGUUAUACGGAUAAUUAAAUCUCGCCUAUUGUAUUUUUUUUUAUUUUACUAUUCUGUUAAAAUGGCAGUAGAAAACUCGAUUGAGAACUAUUAAGCGUAACUCGUGUAAUCCAGGUUACGCGAGUUUCGCUUAACACGGCUUUCAAAAAGUCCCACGUCUUGGUUCUUUCCCCCUUCUUUUCAUCCUAAAAUAUUUCCUUUAAACUUCCUUAUAUAAAAAAAGACUUUUCUGAUUUCUAAAUAAAACCCUUUUUGCAUUGCAACUAAUACAAAAAAGGGCUCCAAUAUCUUUGUAUUACAUUCGGGUUAUGAAAUAUUGGUGUCGAUUCUAGUUGUUUCUCUAAACUUAAAACUAAAAUUAACACAAGUGUCUCCUUUUCAUUCUGUAUAGAGCAGGACAAGGAUACACUUUUGUCAAAUUUAAAUUUAGAUUUAGAGAAUCGUGCCAGAAUUGACACCAUUAGCUAAUUAGAUAAAAAAAUAAUUUAAAUGGUUGGCUGUUCCUAAAUUAAUUAUGUAUAAUAGAUUUUUUGUUUAAGUAGGUAUAGUCUUUAUACGAAUUUAGCUAACUAUUAAAAACAAACUAUUUAUUCCAGCUAAUAGAACUAUUGCUGUAUAUUUUAAUUAAGAUUCUUCGUGUUGGCAUUUAUCUGCCUCAGAAUAAAAAAAAAUAAGUGUCAUCAGGGCUGCUGUUGAAACUUGUUUUUUCAUUUACGUAAUUAUUUUAAUUUUUGCACAGAAGUACCUGUGUUCAUUUUAUAAAAAUGUGUAAAAGUAUGUUAUUAAAGAAUUAAUCGUUCAAAAACAUAAUAUCUAGAAAGUUUAAAAAUGUAUUGGGAAAAUUCGUCAGUUUUUGGUUACCUGACCCGACUGACUUUUGACUGACUGUAAUCUAACGCCGGAACUUCACAUGGCUAUUAGAAUCUGUCAAGACAACCUGCUGUUCUAUUACCAUACUCUUUGCUGCUGUUCAAAUAACAAAUAGCCAAUAAGAACAGUCAUGUGAAGCGUCGGCAUUAUAGUUGAUAUCUGUAGGUGUGUACAAGGGAUAUAGGUAUAUCAACAUUAGAAACAGUAGAUGGGCCUAAUUCUGAUAUGAUUCUCUAAACUUAAAACUAAUUUUAAUAGCAGUCUUUCUCUAAUGUCUAAUUUAGGUAUUAUGUUUCUAGAAUCAUGUUGGAAUUGGGCCCAAUAUUUUAUUUAGUUAUAUUUUUAAGGCUUUAAAGUUGAAGAAUCUUGUGUUUAAAUUUAGGAAAUGUAUUGCCGCCAACCAACGUAAUACUACUUUGAUGUGCUAAUGUAAAUACAGAAUUUGCAUAUUUAUUUCUUUUUGAAUAAAAUACUGACCACAAAG